AUGGCCUCGACACCAGAGAAAGAGGUCGCGCCUGUCAUUUCCCGAGAUGUCGAGAUGUCACAAAAGCCCUCGAUUGACGCCGAUGCCCUCAAGCUGGCGGAAAUGGGUUACACCCAGGACAUGAGCAGGAACUUUUCUGUGUGGUCAGUGCUCGGUGUAGGAUUCUCGCUCACCAAUUCCUGGUUCGGUAUAUCAGCAGCUCUGAUCACUGGAAUCAACUCCGGAGGUCCCAUUCUCAUCAUCUACGGCAUUAUAUUGAUCGCGCUCAUCUCAACAUGCGUUGGUAUCAGCUUGAGCGAACUGGCUUCAGCUCUACCGAACGCAGGUGGACAGUACUUCUGGGCGAACGAAUUGGCGCCGAAGAAGUAUGCCAAUGUCGCAAGUUAUCUGACUGGAUGGCUUGCUUGGUGGGGCUCGAUGUUCACCAGUGCCUCAGUCGCACUGGCAAUGGGGAGCGCCAUGGUGGGCUGCUAUCAACUAAGCCACCCUGACUUUACGAUCAAGGCAUGGCAUGUCUUCGUCGCCUAUCAGAUGGCAAAUAUGUUUUGCUUCUUCUUCAACUGCUAUGGCAAAACCCUACCCCUUGUUGCCAAAGUUACACUUUGGACAUCUCUGGUCUCGUUCGUCGUCAUCCUCAUCACCGUACCCUCCGUCGCACCGACUCAUCAGCAUGCAGAGUUUGUCUUUGCCACUUUCAUUAACAACACAGGCUGGCAACAGGGUGGCAUAGCCUUUAUCGUCGGUUUGGUCAACACAAAUUGGGCCUUCGCUUGUCUCGACUGCGCUACGCAUCUUGCAGAAGAGGUGCAUCGACCGGAGAAGAUGGUUCCCAUUGCCAUCAUGGGAACCGUCGGUAUUGGCUUCGUAACGAGCUGGUUCUUCUCCAUGGCCAUGUUCUUCUCGAUUGUGGGAGAUUUCUCUGAUAUUCUCGGGACAGCUACACUAGUCCCAAUCCUUGAGUUGUUCUACCAGGCCUUGAAUAACACAGCCGGUGCUAUUUUCCUCGAGGCCCUUAUCAUUGUCACCGGACUUGGAUGCCUUACUGCCAGCCAUACAUGGCAAAGUCGACUCUGCUGGAGUUUCGCGCGGGACAGAGGCCUACCUGCGCAUCGCUGGCUCUCCCAAGUGCACAAGGGACUUGGUGUACCAAUCAACGCGCAUUUCGUGAGCUGCGUAAUUGUCGCCAUCAUGGGAUGCCUUUACUUGGCUUCGCUGACAGCUUUCAACUCUAUGAUCACUGCCUGUAUUGUCCUCUUGUAUCUCAGCUAUUCCAUCCCCGUCAUCUGCCUCCUCAUUCGAGGCCGAUCAAACAUCAAACCAGGGCCUUUCUGGUUGGGACCCAUUGGUCACUUCGCGAACAUUGUGCUGCUCAUGUGGACACUGUUCACAUUGGUGAUGUACUCCUUUCCUUAUGCGCAACCAGUCGCUGCGAGCAACAUGAACUAUGUAUGCGUAGUAUAUGCUGUGAUCGCCUCCAUCACUAGGUCUCGACUAUGUGUUUCGAGGCCGCAAGAGCUUUCGAGGUGUUGGCGAGCGCAAAGGCGAAGUCAGCGCACAUGGCCAGAUUGUCGAUCUUCCCGAGCAUCGCGGAGAGCUUUAGUGACUCUUUUGCUCUGUCUCAUUCAUUGUAUAGUAUAAACCCCGACAGACCCUGUUCCGUCCGUUGUACAUGGCUAUGUUACCACACGAUGUAUAUGCAGUCCUUUAUAUCCUGCUGGAUCUUCAUGUCGUUAUUCUUCACACGAAACACCUUAGCGAGUACAACUCAUUACAGUCCAUAGCCACAAACUUCAGCAGGUUACAUUAAG